ACGAGGAGACCUGAUCCUCCCCAUCGUCUACUUGAACAGCUACAUCUAUUACGGCCAACGGGCAUGACAACUUCAGAUCGAUGUGGCUCUUGAGUACUGCUCGCGCUGAACUCCAGUUCUUCUCUGCCCCGGAAACCGUCACCGGCGGCUAUGCGAUCCUAUCCCAUACUUGGAGUGACUGCGAGCAGUCGUUCGAGGAGAUUCAAGCUACCAACCAGCAAUGCAAGACCACCGGAGAGAACCCUCGCGACCUCGCAUCGGCGAAGAUCCGCGAGUGCUGCAUCCUCGCCGAACGCCACGGGUACCAGUGGGCGUGGGUAGACACGUGUUGCAUCGACAAGACGAGCAGUACAGAGCUCUCCGAAGCGAUCAAUUCGAUGUUCCUUUGGUAUGCCUGCGCGGAGGUCUGCUUCGCGUACCUCGAGGACGUCCCGAGCGACUGCGUGCUGGAAGCGCCCGACUCGGCUUUCCGGACCGCGCGCUGGCACAAGCGCGGGUGGACAUUGCAGGAGCUCAUCGCGCCGGCGCUCGUCAUCUUCGUGGCGCAGGACUGGACGAUCAUCGGGAACAAGCUACAGCUCGCGCAGUUACUUCAGCAGGUCACUGGGGUAUGGUGGCAAGUGCUGACGCGGGAGACCCACCUCUCUGUCGUCAGCGUCGGGCAGCGCAUGAACUGGGCGAGCUCGCGGAGCACGACUCGUGUCGAGGACGAGGCGUACUGCCUCAUGGGCCUGUUCAAUGUCAACAUGCCUACGAUCUACGGGGAGGGACGUCAAGCGUUCCAGCGCCUGCAACACGAGAUCAUGAAGCAGUCCUUCGACACAAGCCUGUUUGCUUGGGGCCGCUCGUUAAAUUCUGACACACUAAACCCUCUGGCAGGGCAUGAGAUCUACAAGUUUUUCAACACCUCGUCGAAGAACCACGUCUAUCUCCUUGCCCACUCGCCAUCAAGCUUCACCAAGCCAUUCGGGCGGACAAUACGUUAUGUACCAUCCGCGACCUACCCGAUCCAGCCGUAUCUCGAGUGGCAGUGGAAGAAGGACCCUAAUGAACCUGAAGACAGCCCCCGGAGGCGGUACGGUCCCUUCGGGCAUGUCGAGCUGCCGAAGUUCUCCGUAACGAGCUAUGGACUGGAAUGCCGCUUCCCAAUCAUCGAAUCGGAUGGGCUCACCGUCGCUGUACUUCUCUGCGAUACUGGCCGCGAGCACGUCGGGCUCCUGCUCCACCCGUCGAACUGGCUUUUCCAGGAUCCCACCAGGAAGAAGUACCACAGCGGCAACGGAUUCAGGCUGGCUUCCGGCAACGUCGCCUUUGCACGCCUCAUCUCCCUCGGCAAUGACCUCUACAACCUCCGGCUCAAUGGCAAGACGGUUACGGCGGAGUGGCGCGACAUCUUCAUUGCGGACAGCCCGCCGCCCACGAAGAGGGACGUCCCGAUGAACCUCUGUUACCCGUUGCACAGUCUCCUCCCUGCGCCGCCGUUCCGUAUCCCUCACUGGCUCAUCGGGAGGGUGACGCUGCUAGGAAUGGAGCUACGACCGCUGUAUGUGCGGAGCAAGCCUGUGGAUGGGAAGCCGCUUGUGGUGGUGACGACGUUCGAAGACGUCAACGCGAAGGAGGGGUUCCGGCUCAUCCUCGGGACGUGCGGGGAGCCAUCCGAUAGUGCGGUGCGUUGGGCGAAGGCGACGCCGCAGUACUCCGCCACCUGGGGUCUUGAUUCGGACGUGACGCACGAUUGCCAAGAGCACCAUUUAGAGGCUUGGCCGGGCUGGACGAAGGAUUUUGGAGACAUCGAGCGGACGAUCCGACUGUCAUUCUCGCGCUGCAAGCUGAGUCCCCAUCAUACCGUCGUGGUGCAUAUCGAGUUGGAGGGAAGGGUCUACAACGCGAUCAAGGACCGGACGAACGUCAGGUUUCCGUCUCGGGAAGAAGCGGGGCUAGUAAGGACGGGCGUCGUUGUGUCUGACUGACGUCCUAUCUUCCCUCGGUGGAGGUGCUCCUUCCCGUCCCAGUCCGCUUUCCGGGAAUAGACCGUAGUCACCGUACUCAAUUAUCGUUGAACAUGGAGCUGUCGCAGAUGCGCUAACCACAUAGUCUGCUUGACAGCGGCCCUCCGUCUGUGUCGAUCCGAGUCGGUCGCCACAAUCAUAGAUGAUACCUGGAUGUCUCAAGGACCUUCACGAUUGUGCUUGUCGAGCUGUCCUUGCACUUCCGACAGUGCAUGCAGUCUUUUUGUCUUGUCCUCCAAGCAGGAACGUUAGAUUUCGAGUAUAGCUGCGUCGAAAUGUAUGUAUGUUUUACGGCUUUU